CGUCACCCGGUUGACAUGUGCUCGGCUCCACCCCUAGUAGGUGGAGCAAAAUUAGCUCCGGAUCCAUUCCCAGUAGGUGAAGCUGGAUCAGCUUUGACUCCACUCCUAUUAGCUCCGUCUCCGCCCACUGGAUCUGUGGUCCUGCAGGGUAGGGAGCUUGGGUUUUGACCCUCCUGGUUUGCGACCCUUUCGGCUUUCUAAGUGCUCCGCGCUUUGUCCCCGCGCUGUCGGUCCAUUCACAUCCCGAGCUGGCUACGGCCAUGGCGGCGGCACCGGUGAAGCAGCGGACCGGCUCAAGCCGAGCUCAGCUUCCGCCCUGCUAUUAUGAGGGAUAUUUGGAGAAACGGGGACCUAAAGAGAAGGUGUCCCGGCGACUAUGGACAUGCCUGUGUGGGAACACCUUAUACUUCUUCAACAAUGCGAAGGACACACAUUAUGUAGAGAAACUGGACCUGAGUGGGUUUGUGUCUCUGAUCGAUGAUUGCAGUCGGGACAGGAAUCUGGAGGCAGCCAGAAUGAAUUUACGCAUGAAGGAUGGAGAGACCAAACUAACUGCUCCUAACUUGGAGGCACGAGAGUUGUGGAAAGGCUUCCUCUACUCUGUGGUGGAUCUGGCAGUGCCCACGACUUUAACCCUGCUGCCUGGCCAACUUCACAUGCUGAAGGAGGUGGUGGAGAAAGAGAGACAGAGACGAAGAGCUCGAUCACUCUCCAGAGCUCCCUCCUCUCCCCUCUCUCUCCCUCUGGUGGGAGAGAUCCCAGCCUGUUUCAGGCCUGUCUCUCGUACAGAAGCUGAGGUUCUAUUAGAACGUCACCCAGACUGUGGGAACAUGCUGCUAAGACCGGGCAGAGACGGAACCUCACUCGCGGUGACCACACGACAAGAUCUUAACGGCUCAGUGUUUAGACACUAUCGAGUUACCCAAAAGCCUCAGGGAGGUUACAUCAUUGACGUGGAAAACCCGAUCCCAUGUCCCACCCUUUAUGAUGUCAUUAACGCACUAGUGGAAAAAACAGCCGGGACGCUUCAGCCUUUUCUACUGGAGGAGCCUUAUGAAGAGAAUAUCACAUAUAUUUCCUCCAACGACGAGAAUGGAGAGCGAAUGCUACACUGCGCACCCACUGUUACUUUCCCCAGAGGACCCUCACUUCCCCCAAAAGGAACAGAGAGAUGGACAUUGAGAUCUCACUCGAAAUCUCCCAGUCCAUCUCACAGGUCACUUAGCCCUCCAGGGUCACCAUCCAGCCCUAUGAGACGCCUGGUGCUCUCACCCUCGCCCUCACCACUAACACAGACAGCUUUCACAGAGGAGCUAAAACAAAAACUGGAGAAGAGGCGCACCAGCCAGGACUGACUUCUUGCUUCUUAUCAGCCAAUCAGCAGCAUGGCCUCAUCUCCUGGCUGUCUGAUUCUGCCAGUGCCUUUGUGAUGAACAGUCACUUCUCUUAUUUUCAUUGUGCGUCGUUAACGAAGCUGAAGGAAAAAAAAGAAAAAGCUCCAGGAGAAUCUUCUGUCAUUGGACUGGACCCUACAAGAAGGACACAAGGGACAGAUAAAUCAGAGCAUAAAGAAUCAGUGUUUCUUCUAACAUGACUAAUGAUGCUUCAUAGCAGAUAGGUGAAUUAUGUGGAGAGACAAUGUUUCCUCUGAUUUUUCACAUCAGUACUAAACUGCUCUGAUGUUCUUCUAAUGUAACUGCCAUGAACAUUCCAGAAUUUCAUACGUGUUCUAAAGACAGCCGUUAAAAAUGUAAAAUGUCAUUUAAUGCAUUUUGUCAACAGCUGCAGCAGGAAAAGAUCAUCUCCAAGAAUAUACUCGUGUUAGGACAGAAGUUUCAGCUGUGUAAGUUACUACUCUGAACAGUGUGUACGAUGUUUCUGUAGUGAGGUGAAAUGUUUUUGGUGCUUCACAUUGAAUACUAGACUGGUUCUUCAUUAUUGCUUCGUGUAAUGAACGUGCAUGGUGCUAUUGUUUGUAUAUAGAGUUUGUGUGUGUAUCACUGUUCAUUUUUUUUUUUUCUUUUCAUAUUUAUUGGAAUAAAAGGGACAGAUUUUCAAUAAUGA